AUGGAUGAAAAAUAUAAACUUUCACAAGGAGAUCAAAUCUUAAACCAAUUACAAAGGUAUGAUGAUAAAAAGCAUGAAUUACUACGAAGUAGGAGUUCUGAGUCACAGUUGAAUACAAGAUACUCAUUUAUGGGUGGAAGCAUGGUGCAGACGGGUCCUAAGAUGUCAAGAAGUAUAAGUUCACUUAGUACUCUUUCUCAACAAUUGAAACAGUUACCAUACGAUGAAGUAGGAGCACAACGAGAAAUAGGUGGAGAGGAAACGUUGGGUAGAAAGCAAGAAGGGCAACUUAAAGAUGAGUUUGUUAAUUCACAAGUGGAUUUAUUAAGAUUAAAGAGAGGCAGCACAUUAGCUGGGCAUGAUUAUUGGACCGCCAGCAAGUUGUCAAAUAGUUCAGACCUUCAGGAUCUAAAUGAUUUUCCGAAACUAAUAGAUGGUGUUCAAAGGGUAGAAAUAGUAGAUGGAGGAAACAAGGACGAUGAGCCGUCCCAUCAAUAUACUUCAUUAAAAAUAGAGGACAUUAGACCUAGAUAUGUGCCGCCAAUAAACUUUGCUUUAGUGGAAAGUGAUCUUUACAGGUCUGGCCAUCCCCAGCCUGUUAAUUUGAAGUUUCUCGAAGAGCUAAAGUUGAAAACAAUUGUGUAUUUGGGUGAUAAGGACGAUAACUAUGAAUAUUACAAGUGGGUAAAAAAACAUAAAAUAAGCUUCAAGUUUUUUAGAAUGAAGGAGGUUGGAAGGGCCGGGUUUCGAAAGGCUGCGGAGGGCCAGGAGGCUAUUUUAAAGAGCCAGGAGGUGAUGAACUCAAUACUAAAUGUGCUUCUAAAUAAGGAUAACUAUCCAGUUCUUAUUCAUUCAAACAAGGGCAAGCAUAGAGUUGGGGUUUUGAUUGGGCUGAUAAGGGUGUAUCUUCAAGGCUGGACCUUAAGUGGUGCAUUCGAUGAGUAUGCAAAAUUUAGCAGGGAGAAGGGAGAAUAUGAUUUGGAGUUUGUGGAAAUGUUCCAUCCAGUAUUGAAGAUUGAUACAGCAAAAACGCCAGAAUUUGUAAAUAUCAGUUGA